GAGCCUCCAUCACCAGAAAAUAAAUACAUUCUCUUCUUUUUAGGUCAACUUCUCUUGAGCAGAACUCUUAGAUUUUUCUGUCACAUAUACAGAAAUUUCAUUUAAUUUAUAAUUCACAUUCAUCAUAACAAAAAGUAAUACACAAGCAACCACAAUGCCUUCUCCUCAAGCCUCAAGGCUCAAUGGUGACAAUGAUAAGUCUUCGAAUAGAAAGCGCGCUAGCACUGGAAACAGGGAUGCUAGCAGGGUAAACAAGCCCUCGGCACGAGAUACAAGAGUAUCGGGUCAAAUGGUAUUGUUUCCCCAAAACUUAAUCAAAGUAAAAUUACUAUACGCCGAGGCUGAAAAUCGUCACUUCCAGAUACCUGGACCAAGAAACUCGACCUCGAACACGACUCCUGCAACACUUGGCACUCCAUCUAGACUUUCCGAAGAUAUUCUAUCUGAGAUAUCACAAGACGCGAGCGUGAUAAGUGAGUCUUCCACGAGAGUCCCAAAUCCACGUGUUGUCACGCAACAGCCCAUCCUACCACCCUUCCACUCAAACGAAGAGGAUUACGAUGAAUCUCAGCUGAACAGAGUCACCGAAGAUUCACCAGUAGGCCAACAAAUUCGCCGGAGAAACUGGGACCUCAACGGCGCACAUAACCUGACACCCAGAGAGCAACGAGAAUACGAAACUUCUAAAGCCAACCGUUCCAGAACACUGAGGCAGGAAGAAAUAAGUAAGCAUCGAAGAGCUGCCCGUCCAGAAUUAGAGCCAGUACACAAUAACCCUAACACCCUUCAAGCUAGGGAACGAAGGAGUUCGCACGUCUCUAGGCAUCCGAGACCAAAGGUUACUGCUCCGCAACCAUUGUCUGCUGCCGUUAUGGCUUCUUUGGCUGCCGAGAAGGCCAAAUUCGAGGAAGAAGAAUUGGCGGCCAAGCGCCAGUACAUAAAUGAACACAAUGGCGGAGGUUGGGAUGCUGAAGACUACGAGGAAGUAGGUCUUCGUGGUGGACGUUCAGAAAAGGGUGCUGUAACCCCCACCAGCAGCUCAGUCUUGUCAUCUCAGUCUAGAACCGAUUCCGAAUAUACCGCAUCUGGUAGUUAUCCCAUCGAAGCCGCCGUGCCGACUAUGGCCCCUACUUCCAGGUCUGCUGAGGUUGCACAUUCCCGUUUGGCUUCACAAUCUCCAUCAGAAUAUGGUGAUACACCUUCCGACUUCGAUGACUUAGAUAUGAGUGAUGCUGACAAGUCGGUCAUAUCACCCAGUCCUCGCUCAAUCCUGACAGCGGGAAACUUAAGAGGUAAUAAAGGAAAGGUGAGUCUAUCAUCUACUAGUAUAUUACUCAUGGAGACCUUGCAUGCUAACUGUUCUUUCUUACAGGCUGUAGCUGUGGAUGAAGACAAAGACGAAGAGUCUUGUGAAGAGUCUUCUGAAGAGGCAACUGAGGAUCCUACUGAAGAUCCUACUAGCGAUGAAGAUAUCGCAGAUCAUUGUCGGGUUUCAACCCACACCAAUGGUCAAUCUACUUUUGCUUCAAGCAGUAAUGGGCCCAUCGAAAAAGAAGCCAGGAAGAUGCCUCCCGGUCAUAUUGCCAUCGGCGAAGAAACUCACAGCCGAGACCAAAUUCUGGUUGGACCUCCACAGCCAGAAGCUUUAACCAUCACGAUUCGAACCGAAAAACGCGAUGAACACGAUGUAUUAAUUGCUCGAGCUAUAAUUACCCAUAAAUACACAAAAAGAAUCAAUUGGGCCGACGCAAAAGACGUGAAGUGUCUCAACAAGUGGCGUAGCCAGAUCUUAGUUCGAGCUUUCAAGGCAAAGCAUGAAAGAAGAUGGAAGUACACGCUCAGUGAGAUGAACGUGUUGUGCCACUUCCUGGAAAUCCAGCUUGCUGCACCUGGAGUUGGUGGCUUAAUGGCCAAUGUUGAUUGGGCAUGGAUCACAACCGAGUACAACAACCACUUUCGAGGAAAAAUACAAAGCGCUGGCGGAUUAUAUGCCAGUGCUUCUUACACGGGCGAUGAUGGCAGAAAGACAUCUGCUGCUGGUCAACCGAUGAAGAAUGAUCGCGAUGCCCCAUUUCGAUCUGAGAUAGCUUUGAAGAAUCAGAUCUAUCAUUUCAGAGACAAACGAGCAGUUGACCUUGUCAGACGCUCCAGAGAUGCAAAGUCGCGGGAUGGGCCUCAGGAACCCGCUGGUGAUAAACCAAAGGAAGAUGCUGAGAGUGUUCCCUCAACCUUGCCCAGUGAGGGAUCUUCCCCUAUUUCUAAGGGGUCACUCAAAAAGCUAACCUUUACGCUUGGGAAUGGCAACAAGAUAACUCUCGAGAACAAGAAGAGAGCCAACACUGAAUACCAUACAGGUGAAGAAAUGGGCCCACCAAACAAGAAGACAAAGAUGAAUUGGCCUUCUCAUCUCCGUGGGGGUGGCAGUAACACCCGGGAAGGCUCAGAGUCGAACUUCGACUACAGCGACGAUGCUGCACCACUGGCUCACUAUCAGGGAAGUGGGUUGCGUCCCUAUUGUCCCUUACGACAAGGAUCUCCCGCUCAAACUGCAGAAGCCUUUUCUAAUGCUCCACGUGCUUUGGGCCAAGGUAGAAGAGCAGGUGGUUUCAAUGACCGGUUCAUGACUGCUCGGUCUAUCUCUCUAGUUAGGAACCGGCAGAGAUCGAGGGAAAUUGAGGAGCACUAUGAUGAUGAAAGUGACGAUGAAAUAACCUUAUCAUCACAAAAGACCACCGUGAGCAGGCAUAUUCCUGAUGAUGCCCAAAUUCAACAGACAAGUCCACAGAUUCGUCCAACUGUUCCCGCCGCUCGUCCUCCACCCGUAGAUGUAUCUCUUCCUCGUCAUCGUCCCAGUUCUCGACGUCCGUUUAGCAGCUUUGCACCACAGCGUCGUCUCUUGCCAGCGCAACAUGGCUUGCCACUGCCAUUUUUAAGCUCAGAUAGCAAGAAGAGAUCAAGAGAUGAGAACCCUAGUGAUAUGGAUAACAAUAACGAACAAGUUCCAUCAAAGAGACCAAAGUUGCAAGGUCAAGAUCCUGACGACCAUCAAGACGAAGAUAGAGAUCAGCAUCAAGAUCAGCAUCAAGAUCAACAUCAAGAUCAAUAUCAACAUCGAUAUCAGAAUCAAUAUCAAUAUACUCGAGUUGCAGGAGGUCCGAAUGCAAUUUUCCUUGCUCCAUUCCCACACAAUUCGAGUGUGGCCAAUCGGGAAGCUGCUCUUCGACUACGAUUAAAAGUUCCAGUAAGAGGCCCGCAAAUAGUCACAAGGACACUCGGGCAAACCGGACCCCGUCUCCCAACUCUGGAUGAUUACUUCGCCGAGGAUUGAUUGUUUCUUGUGGGGGGAAGGAGAACAUUCGACAUCCCAAUUUCGUUGAGCAUGUCUGUUAGACUGCUUCCUGGGGUGUUGUUUGUUAAGAGGGAGUUCUGGUUUCCAUAAUCUUGGUUUUGGUUCUGGUUAUGGGUUGGA